CGUAUGUAGACUAGCGGCAGUAGUGACCAGCAGUAACUCGAUAGAUUCUUAUUUCUAGUAUUAGCACUAUUUGACAUAUACAAGAAAUAAGUACAUUUUAGAUUACUAAUGUUAUCCGCUAUUUUUCUAUUAUUGUUCGUCUGAGGUCGAACCUAAGAGCAAAAGUUCUCUUAAUUGCCUUGCUUUAAACUGUAGAUUAAUAAUGCCUAAAAGAAAAAGUCAGGCACUCAUCGACUCAGAUAGCAGUAAAAGUUCCGAGGAAAGUGGUUCCGAUUUAGAAAGCGAAUUAUUAACAUUAGCCAAAAAAAAAAAAGGAAAACCAAACAAUGAUGGCUCAAGUAAUGAAGAUAGUAGUUCAAAUAAAAAAGAUAACAAGGUCUUUGAUUCUGAAACUUCUGAUUCUGAUGACGAAUGGAAUGCUAAGAGUGGAAAGACGAAAAAAAAAAAAAUACCAACAAAACGAAAUAAAAGAAAAAUGACAAAGUCGAGUAGUGGAGAGAGUGAAAGUGAAAAAGAAGUAUCUGAAAAAUUUUCUGAACCCGAAGAAGGUGAAGUAUCAGAUUCAGAUAUUAGUGAAUCUAAUUCGAGUCAAGAAGAAUUUAAUGAUGGUUAUGAUGAAAAAUUAAUGGGUGAUGCUGAAGAUCAAGCAAGGCUUGCUGAAAUGACUGAAAAGGAGCGAGAACAAGAAAUUUUCAAACGCAUUGAACAACGAGAAAUUAUGAGAACAAGAUUUGAAAUUGAAAAGAAGCUUAGAAUGGCUAAGAAACAGGAAUUAAAGAAACAAAAAGAAUCGAAAAAGAAAGAUAAAGGAAAUGAUGAAAGAAAAAUUGACAGAACACCAGAUCCCAAAGAGAGAAGCAAAGAUCGUAAAAAAACGAUUGAAGAAAAACAAGAUAAAAAAUCAAAUGCUAUGGCCUUAUUGAAAGCACGACGUGAAGAAAAGAAAGAACGAGAGGAAAAAGAAAAACAACGAAUAGAAGAACAAAAACAACAAUCAAAAGAUGAAGAAGAAGAAUUGGAGAGAGAUCAUAAAAGUGGAUCAAAAACAAAGCUUAAAGCAUCUGAUAUUUAUUCUGAUGAUAGUGGUUCUUCUGACAGUGCUGAAGAAGAAGACGAAUCAAGUAAAUUUGCUUCAAGACAAAGAUCCUCUUCUAGUUCCUCAAGAGAGUCUGAUUCUGAUACAGAUAAAAAGUCAGUUACUAGUGUCAAAAAUAAAUCUAAAAAAAUUAUUUAUAUUAGUACAAAAGAAGACUUAAAUAAAAUACGAUUAUCACGUCAUAAAAUGGAAAGAUUUGUACAUUUACCAUUCUUUGAGAGAGUUGCACAGGGUUGUUUUGUUAGAAUUGGUAUUGGAAAUAAUAAUGGUCGACCAGUAUAUAGAGUUGCAGAAAUAAGUGGUGUUUGUGAAACCGCAAAAAUUUACCAAUUGGGUAGUACUAAAACGAACAAAGGACUUAAAUUAAGGCAUGGUGCUCAAGAACGUGUAUUUAGGCUAGAAUUUGUAUCAAAUCAGGAAUUUACAGAAUCAGAAUUUUUCAAAUGGAAGGAGACUUGCACUUUACAGGGUAUAUCAAUGCCUACUUCAGAUGAACUUGAUCAAAAGCUAAAAGAUAUCAAAGAAGCGAUGGUAUACGAAUUUAAGGAAGAAGAUAUUGAAAAAAUUGUAAAAGAAAAAUGUCGAUUCAAAGGUACUCCAUAUAAUUAUGCUAUGAAGAAAGCUCAGUUAAUGCGGGAAAGAGAUGCCGCUAAUUGUAGAGGAGACGAUGAAACAGCUACUCGACUUAAUGUGGAGAUUAGUGAAUUAGAAGAACGAGCUUCAGAUCUUGAUAAAAAACGAUCUGCCACUAUUUCAAGCAUAUCAUAUAUAAACGAUCGCAAUCGUAAGAAAAAUGUAGAAGAAGCAGAAAAAGCUAUUCUUGAAGAAAUUAAAGCAAACAAAGGAAAAAUUAUAGAUGACCCAUUUACUCGAAGAAGUACAAGACCAAAAAUGUUUUCUCAAAAAGAGGAGUCUGAACAAGAAUUAGAUUCCAUUAUUCACAGUUCUACUGAAAAUUUUCCAAAGCCAGUUGUAAAAGAAAAGGAUUCUGUACCAGAAGUUAAAAAGAAACACAAUACAGACUUAUUUAAUGCACAUAAUUUUGAUAUUAUGAUUGAUCUAGAAGUCCCUAUAGCUAAUAAUCCAGUUAAUGUUCUCCCAAAACCUGUCAAUAGUAUAAAAGAUUCAGGCCCUCGAAGAUCUUUAAACUUAGAAGAUUAUAAAAAAAAACGAGGCUUAAUCUAAUAAUUUUAAAAAAUAUAAGAGCGAUUGAAAAA